AUGAAAUUAAAAGUUUCCUUCCUCUUAACAAUUUUUACUUUUCCCCUCGUACAAUUUUGCAAUAGUUACAUGAUUAAAUUUUUUCAUCAUCCUGGUGUAAAUAAUUUAUUUCCCCAUAAUAAGGUGCAAAAGAAGAAGAAUCUUGGCCCUUUGGGUUAUUCCUCUCACAUCCCCCCCUUUUUAAAUGAAAACAAUGAAUUGAGAAAGAAAGUUUACCGUUUUGAACUAUUCGUCAAGAAUGGAAAUUUAAGAAAUAAUUCUGGAUGUAAAAAUGGGCGGCCUACACAUGAAGGAACCAAGAUAGACGGUCAAACAGACAAAGAACUCGAGGGAGGUGAAGAAAAAUACUACGAUAAGGAGACAACGCUUGAAGAGGUGGACAAUCAACAUGGAAGCGCAGACCGACGCGAAGAUGAAGAGAGGGAAAAAGGAUACCAAAAGGGUGUCCAUUUUCUGAGUGAUAUGACCCAUGAGGGAGGAACUCUUUCGAAUGGUGACUCCCCAGGGUGUGCAUCCGUCCCUCCCGAUGGAUACGAAGGGUGGACACAGAAUUGUGAACGUCAUAUGGGAGAAAUUUCAUCCGAGGAGGAAGGAAAAGGAGAUUUUUGCGAAAAGGGAGAAAAUUAUGAAGGCCAAAUGGGAAGCGAAGAAAAGGCAUUGCAAGGCGAAGAAAGUACCCAGGCAUAUGGAGGAAAAAAAAAAAAUUUUCAUGACGAAUCGUUGCGCGAACGCAAGGGAAAAAAGAAAGACGUCGACCUAAAAAUUAUAAGGAACCUACCCCUUAUAUCUAUUAUAGGCAGACCGAAUGUUGGAAAGUCGACCAUAUUCAACCGACUGACGAGGAAGUUCCAAGAGGGAAGCAUCGUCUUAGGGGAAAGCAGUACAAGAGAUAAAAUUUAUGGAGAAGUGGAUUGGGAUGGCUACAAAUUUGAGGUGGUGGAUACAGGUGGCUUGAUAUUCGAAGAUGAAAAAUUUUGCAAGCAAAUACGAGAUCAAAUUAUGUUAGCACUUAAGGAAUCCUCAGUUGUGUUGUUCGUCGUUGAUGGGAUAAAGGGCGUCCACCCUGUGGACCUCGAGAUAUGCAGGUUCCUCAGGAAGUAUAUUAAAAAUGAGUACAUUAGUAAAAUGGCUAUUCGGAAGAAGCGAACCGGCCAGGUUAACCAUGAUGAGGUUGCAGAACACUCAGCGGAAGAUGCAUCGAAAAGUAGCAACACAUCGAGUGGCACGUCUGAAAGGUUCGCAGUGGACAACACUCAAACGGAUAUAACGUCCCGAAAAUCUGACAAUGAUGCUGACAUGAGGAACAGCACAGAAAAGGAGACAAGUAGCCCUGAAGAAAAAGAGGAAAAUGAUGACCAGAAGAGAGCGAUGCUAAAAGUAAUCGUGUGCGUGAACAAAUGCGAGUCGUACAAAGAUGGAAAUGUGAAGGCACAGAACUUCUGGGAAUUAGGGUUCGGGACGCCCUAUCCCUGCAGUGGGAUCCAUGGAAAUGGGCUGACUGAAAUUUUAGACGAGUGCAUUAAGUAUAUAGAAAAAGUGGAGAUAAACGAAUUGGAAGAAGAAAGAAAUGAAGAAAAUACCAUAAACAUUAGCUUCAUUGGAAAACCAAACACAGGGAAAUCAAGUAUAUUAAAUAAAAUCUUAAAUUGCAAUCGUUUCAUCGUUUCUCCAAUAGCAGGAACUACUGUUGAUUCAAUUGACGUUUUAGUAAAGAUUAAAGACAGUGAUAGAAUUUACAGACUGAUUGACACUGCUGGAAUACAAAAAAGGAAAAAAAAUAUUCCUUUUAGCGAAAAAACGAAAUAUGAAUACUUACUAUUUAAUAGAACUGAGAAGGCUAUCAAACGUAGUGAUGUCUGCAUCCUUGUUAUUGACUCUUUUAAUGGAAUCAGCUCGCAUGAUAUAAAUAUUGCAAGGAAAAUUGUGCAGGAAAAUAAAAGCUGUAUAAUUUGUUGCAACAAAUGGGAUCUCAUAUAUAACAAAAAUGAUAUUUUUAAUGACACCAAAAAUUAUGUUCUUAAUCUUUUAAAGCCAGUUGAUUUUGCUAACAUUUUAUUCAUAUCUGCGAAGACAUCGCAAAGGUUGCUUAACAUAUUUGAUAAUGCUGAAGAGACGUAUAAACAAUACACAAGGAAAAUAAACACGAACAGUUUGAAUGACGUUAUAAAGGAAGCUCUGCUUCUUAGACCUCCAAUUCCAAUUAGGAACAAGUCGCUAAACAUUUACUACGCCUUUCAGGCCCAUAUUAAACCCCCAGGUUUUGUUUUUUUUUGUAAUUCUAGAAAGUGUGCUUACGAAAAUUACACAAAAUAUCUGGAAAGCAGAAUAAGGGAGAGCUUCAACAUACGGGGCACUCCUAUUAGAAUUUACUACAAGCAGAAGAAAAAAAGAUACCUUAUUAAGAAGGUCAAGAACCCGGACAAGUACAACCUGGACAUUGAGGCCAUACAGAGGGACUUUCUAAAGACGCAAAGUGGCCAGAAAUCCCAGGGGUGA